AGCAUGGCUGGCAUCCCUGCCAGCCUGCAGGCCCCUACAGCCGGAGCGUGCGGGCUGCUGCAAGCUUCUGCCAGCCCACCUACCACCCCUGAGCAGCCCCCCGGCCUUGAACAGUCCCGUGUGCCCCGGCUCGAGAGUGUGCUGGCAGCCCCGGGAUUCACACAGCCUUGCAGGGGUCCAGGGCCCAGGGUCCAGGGUCCGGCGCAGCGCAGGCCUUGGCCAUGCCCAGGACACGAGAGGAGCGCAACGAGCCUGCCAACAGCAGGCUUGGGGCUGGAAAGAGCUUCCCUGCAGCAGACGGCAGCGCUGCCAGGCCAGGAGCCCAGGCACCACGCAGCGACACCUGCUCCGUCCAGGCUGCUUCCUGGAUGCUUUUGAUGGGACUCACCACCCAUCAGGCCCAGACACUUUGGAAGUGACGCCCCAGGAAGGUCAAAAGUGCUCCCCGCCACCCCGAGGGUAGGUGCGAGGCAAAGACACGAACCCUUUGCCCACCCAGGAACGCAGCCUCCUCUGGGUGCAGCUGGCAGCGCGCAGGGCACAGCAGGGUCACAUGCCAGGCAAGGGCAAGGCGAGGUGCUGCUGAGGGAAGGGAUCAGGGUGCGGAUGGGACCCACUGACUCACUGCAGCAAACCGGCUGAUCUGCCCCGAGCCCGAGGAGCCAGUGACCUGACGGCAGGGGCAUCACCGUGCCAUGACCCCGUGCACGCUCCUGCCUCCUCCAGCACCUCUGCUCCCAAACAAGACUGGAGGAGGGGUGAGCGGAGGGGCAGGAGGAAGAGCCUCGACCCCCACCCCCGCGAUGGCACCUCUGCAGGUGGGGCGGGUGCCCGGGAGGAUGCCCGUGGGGGUGGCGCUGCUGAUAGAUGGGUGUCAUGUUACAAUACAAACCAUCAUUCCAGUUUGACUGCUCCUGCAUGGGUUUAAAUAGCGCUGCCACUGUCCCACGGCCAGCACUGACACCACGGCCCGCGGCAGCGCUGCCUGGCGCAGCAGAGGGCGCAGCAUGGGACCCUGGCCACGCUAAGCGCACUGGGCCAGAGCAGGACACACGCUGCCUCCAGGCACCUCUGAACUGGGAAAACCAGCUGGCGAGCAUGGACCCGGACUCCACGCAGCCUCUGCGGAGAGGUCCCGAGCCGCCGCGCAAGCCCUCGGCCGUGCUGCAGGCCUUCAAGCGACUCGGCAUCCCCAUCAUCGCCGCUGUGCUGAGCGUUGCCACCCUCGUCGCCAUCGCCUUCCUGAUCAAAGGGCUGGUGGAGCACUACUACUACUUCUGCAGCAAAACCUUCAAGUUCAUCCCGCUGCAGCAGCUGUGCAAUGAGCAGACAGACUGCUUCUGGGGCGAGGACGAGGAGCACUGCGUGCAGCGGACCCCGCUCGGCCCCUCGCUGGGAGUCCGAGUGUCCAAGGACGGAUCCACCCUGCAGGUCCUCAACCGGGAGACCGGAGUCUGGUUCUGGGCAUGUCACGAUAACUUCAAUCUGACGCUGGCCAGCACGGCCUGCAAGCAGCUGGGCUACGACAGCGUCCCCACUUUCCAGGCCGUGGACACGGUGGACGUGCGGGGUUUGCCCUUCCGAGAGGUGACGCUGAGCAACGGCAGCCUCCACGUGCAGGACACGAGCAGGCAGUGCCUCUCGGGCUCCCGUGUUUCGCUCACGUGCUCCGGCUGCGGCGAAAGCCUCCGGACCCCGCGCAUCCUUGGGGGGCAGCGGGCCACGAUCGAGGCCUGGCCGUGGCAGGUCAGCUUGCAGUACCAGAGGGAGCACAUGUGCGGCGGCAGCAUCAUUGGCCCACGCUGGGUCCUCACCGCGGCACAUUGCUUCAAGACCAACCCGCAGACGCAGAGCUGGCAUGUGCAGGCCGGCUCCGAGCUGCUCUCCGACGCCAACGCCAACGCUGCCCUAGUGGAAAAGGUCUUCGUCCCGGACGGCACCUCUGUGGUCCCCCAGGGAGACGACAUCGCCCUGGUCAAGCUGCAGACGCCCUUGCACCUGUCAGGCGUGGUCAAACCCGUGUGCCUGCCCUUCUUCGACGAGGACCUCAAUCCGGGCACCCCAGUGUGGGUGACAGGCUGGGGCUACACCAGGAGGAACGGUAAGCUCUCCCCCGUGCUGCAGCAGGCAGAGAUCCAGCUGAUCGCCCAGAGCGUCUGCAACGCCGUCAGCGCCUACCAGGGUGAGAUCACGGAGAAGAUGCUCUGCGCCGGCCUGCUGCAAGGCGGCGUCGACGCCUGCCAGGGGGACAGCGGUGGCCCCUUGCUGUACUACCAGGGGCGCUGGCACGUGGUGGGGAUCGUCAGCUGGGGCCAAGGCUGCGGCGAAGCGAGCACCCCUGGCGUCUACACCAACGUGAAGGCCUACCUUGACUGGAUCCACACCGUGCAAAGGUCUGAGCAGUGAGGUGCCCAGGUGCAGGUCUGCUCCCCGUCCCUGCACCCCCCUUCCCUGUCUGACUGCUGGGAGCCUGGCCUAAGCCCUCCGCCCCGAUCCCCAUGCCGAAGGCCAGUGGCCCCGCUCGGCGCUGCCGGAGGACGCGGGAGGAGAGCCAAGGCAGCCCGGAGCAGCAGCACCCUCCUGCCUGGCCCGCUCGGGCUCCUCCCGGGAGAGACGAGGUCCGCGCUUCGCAGAGCCGCUGCGUCGGGAAGCUCCUGUCCCUGCUCCCCCGGCAGCCGGAGGGAACAAGCAACAUGUUCGCCCUGUGCGACACGCCAUUAAACCCCGCUCCUGUUCAGAGGGGACCUUUGCAAAGGAGCGACCUCUCCUCUUUGCAGGGACAGGCUCAA